CUGGGGCCCCACAGUUACUACUAUUUGGAUUAGGGGCUUCUGUUCAGGAAAAAGGUAAAACAAUGUAAGUUGGAUUGAAAUCCCAAAGGUAUCUGCCCCUGAGGCCUGGAGUUUGCAAAUGACAGCAUGCUGAGUUCUCCUGGAGACAACAUCCCUUAGAAUCAGGCUAUCCUUUAUCCAUGAUGCCAUGAUGCAUUAUGCUCAGCUCUGGAAUGUGCUCUCAACAUUCCCAUCUGCAAAACGGAGAAGAUCAGGCAUCACUCAUCUUCUCUGAAGAUAAGUAGGCCUAAGAAAACCAGAGUUAUAUGGAAACGAAAGAAUAGCCCAGGGUCUUAAAAGAGGAAGUAAGAAGGACAGGGAUUUAAUAACUGAAUUUUCACACAUAUAUGUGCACAGGCCCAGAUCACUCAGGUCCAGGAGAAUUUUGUCUGGGACUUGUCUCCAUCAAGCUGGCUUCAUUUCUAGUAUCUUCCAUGUUCUGUCUCGAGGGUUACCAAUAAAACCUGAGAUAGUAUUCUUUGUCAUUACAGUUUCGACCAAAGGGCCAAAAGUUGGCAAGACAAUCAUUCUUUUCUCCUCUCUAAUGAGGCUCUCAGGGAAUCUGGUCCCAGUGGAUGUGAAGCUCCUGUAAAUGCUUGCUCUGUGAUUGCCCCAAACAUCUUUCCCAAACAGAAGACUAAGACCACGAACCCCCUGCUCUUCAGUCACUCAGUACCUACCUCUGUUUGCAAGACAUUCCAAUCCCUACAAUGAAGAGAGGUGUUGACCAGUUAUGCAGAGGUGAAUAACACAUGGCAGCAAUAGCCCCAAACUCCCUCAGGUAUCUGAUUUCACUGCUGUCUAUUUAUCUGAGUCCAGCCCCAUGAGAGGAGCAAACCAGUCGAGUGUCUCCGAGUUCCUCCUCCUCGGGCUCUCCAGGCAGCCCCAGCAGCAGCAGGCCCUCUUUGCGCUCUUCCUGAGCAUGUACCUGGCCACGGUCCUGGGAAACCUGCUCAUCCUCCUGGCCAUCUGCGUGGACCCCCGCCUGCACAUCCCCAUGUACUUCCUCCUCAGCCACCUGUCCUUUGUGGACAUCUGCUUCUCCACCACCACCGUCCCCAAGAUGCUGGCCAACCACAUCCUUGGGACUCAGGCCAUCUCCUUCUCUGGGUGUCUCACACAGAUGUAUUUUCUCUUUGAGCUUGCCGACAUGGACAAUUUCCUCCUGGCUGUGAUGGCCUAUGACCGCUUUGUUGCCAUAUGCCACCCCUUACACUACUCGACAAAGAUGACCCACCAGCUCUGUGCCCUGCUGGUUGCUGGGUCAUGGGUCAUUGCCAACCUGAAUGCUUUACUGCAUACCCUGUUGAUGGCUCGACUCUCGUUCUGUGCAGACAAUGCCAUCCCCCACUUCUUCUGUGAUGUGACUCCCCUCCUGCAACUGUCCUGCUCUGACACCCACCUCAAUGAGGUGAUGAUUCUGACUGAGGGUUCUCUGAUCAUGAUCUCUCCAUUUAUUUGCAUCCUGGCUUCGUAUGUCCAUAUUACCCGCGCUGUCCUAAGAGUCCCGUCCACGAAGGGAAGAUGGAAAGCCUUCUCCACCUGUGGCUCGCACCUGGCCGUGGUUUCCCUCUUCUAUGGCACCAUCAUUGCUGUGUAUUUCAACCCUUUGUCCUCACACUCUUCUGAGAAGGACACAGCAGCUACUGUGAUGUAUACCGUGGUGACCCCCAUGCUGAACCCCUUCAUCUACAGCCUGAGGAACAGGGACUUAAAGGGGGCCCUACGAAAAAUGGUGGACAGGAAGACAUGCUCUUAGUGAUGACAGUAGAAUGGACCUAUCAUUCCCAGCAUUUUAAUCUUUGCCAAUUCACUGAAUGUAGUAAUCAAAGUGUUUGCAAGGAACUUAGAAUACUCUCAGUACACAGUUAUGAAUGAACUCAGACUUAAGUACAACCCUGUUCCUUUAAAUAGGUAAUUUUAUUUGUUUCUAAUUAUUGUAUUUCAUAUUGCUUUGCCUAAGGACAAGUUUUUCCUUUCUGGGUGAUCACGCUAAAAAGUUGCAUGUAAUAAUUUUUUCCCCACUUCCUUUUUUGGAAAUGCUCUCAGAAUAAGGCAGUGUUUUUUCAAUCUUGGAUACAUGAUAGUAUCACUUGGGGAGCUUUGACAGCAUAUAUACAGAUGUUGGGCCCAACUUUGACCAAUUAAAUUCUUAUUUUCUGGAGUGGGAUCCAGGCAUUGGUAUUUUUUCCCCUUUUAAUGUCUGCAGGAGUUUCUAGUGUAAUUUUCUGAGUUGACCAUCAGGCUGCUUUGGAGUUACUGUAUGAUUGCUCAUUAUCAAGAGUGAGCCUUGGCGCAUCUCAGUCGGUUCAGCAUCCGACUUCAGCUGGG